AUGCGACGACUUAGCCUCAAGAUGAAGACGGGUGGGAACGGAACAUCCGAAGAAGAAGCGCGCAAAGUAGGAGUCCAAACCGGUCAGGUACAGUGCUGGUUCCAUUUCAAGCGUCACACGUGUGUUAGUACAAUUAUCACCGGCGUUACCGUCGUGGCCACACGUCUACGCCGACCGUUGUGUUUUUGCGUAUUCAGAUAUUAAUAAUCCGGAAUAUUGGAAAAUAAUUUUUUAUUUAAGAUUAUAGCUUUUAAUUGUAAACAUUUUACAAAACUUUUAGUGCUCGAAACGAAAUAUCUUUUUCAGUAUGCCGUAUCGACUGGCUCGGAGGUGAUCUAUGACCGAUGUCGGUGGCUGACUACCACCGCGUGCAGCCUAUGCGCUUCGGAGGGACGACACCAAGUACCCAAUGACGAGUAAUGUGUCGUCAUGAACUUGGGGCCCGGUCAGGGUACAACCUAUGGGCCCUCGUCUGUUCCGUCUUGGUGGGCCACCAACCCUCAUCACCAUCCUUCUUCUUCUUCCACCUCGGAUGUCAUGAGUCAGCUGUGUCGCGUGUGCGGAGAGCCUGCUGCCGGCUUUCAUUUUGGAGCAUUCACUUGCGAAGGGUGCAAGUCGUUCUUUGGCCGAACCUAUAACAAUUUGGGUUCAAUUUCUGAAUGCAAGAACAAUGGGGAAUGUGUUAUUAAUAAAAAAAAUCGGACAUCCUGCAAAGCGUGCCGACUCCGGAAAUGUCUGGUGGUUGGUAUGUCCAAAAGUGGGUCUAGAUAUGGACGUCGUUCUAACUGGUUCAAAAUUCAUUGUUUAUUGCAAGAACAACAGCAACAUCAUCAUCAACAACAUCAACAGUCUCCACCGAUUGUUCACCUUCCGACAAUUGACAAUGGCGGUCGAUCAUCGGUAGAGCUAAGGAGAACACCACCUCUUCCAUUGCCUUGGGACACGAAGCACCACUUAGAUAUGGAUAAUAAUAAUUCUUUACCUGGUGACUUGAAUAAAGGAGGUGGUCGCUUGUCUGCAGUUGCAGCCGCAGCUGCCGCCAUGCAUGCCGUACGGCCUGAGUUCCUACAUUGGCAUUCUCCGUUUUUUCCGGCAUUUCCUUUCCCUCCUCCAUCACCCUUUUUUAUGGCUGCUGCAGCAGCCUUUCAGCCACAACAACUGUUAAAUAGGCCUCAAUCGGUAAGUUCUAACUCUUCGUCAGUUGAAGAACUAGUAGGAUCGCAAUCACCAAAAGACGUUACAAAAGAUUUGCCACCCGUCCAAGAGUUACCUAUGGACUUAUCAAUAUCCGGUACUGGUGGUAGCGGAUAUCAUGAUUCUACGAGGUCAACAUCAUCGUCACCCAAAAGCCAUGGUGGUUUAAGUAGAGCCUCAAGCGGCCAACGGACUCCAGUAGAUGAUUUUUGUCCAAACUCUGACGACGACCUUACGCCAAAUGAUGUUUUUAAAGCUGCUCCUCUAGAUUUAACUUAUAACAGAUCUUGAGUGUAAGUUUUAAAAUUUUUAUUACAAAAAUAAAAAAUCAUUCAUAUAUUUUUGUUUAUGUUUAUAUGUAUAAUUAUUACUGAAUUAAAGAAUGUAAAUUUGUAUUAUACUAUUACAAUAUAAAAUAUAAAAUGCUAAUUUAAUGAAA